AUGAUUAAUAAAGAUCGUAUAUCUCGUAUUUCUAAAUCGAUAUCACUUGAGUCAUUACAUAGUCAACCAACAACCGGUACUUCCAUUCUUUCGUCAACGAAAAUAUCUCUGUAUUUUUUAAAAGAAUCAAAUAAAAAUAAUCGAAGAAAAACCUUAUUACUCAAACCACAUAGAACAAAAAGCGUACAUAUUCUAUUGGCAAACAAUCAAAAGAAAGGGUCGUAUAUUCAAGAAUCAAUAAAAGUAGUUAAAAAUAAUACAAGUAAAUCUCCAGAAAAAAAUAUCGUACAUAUGAACAUGGAAGAUAAUAAUGAUUUCCACUUAAAAAUUUCUAACAGUGCAAUCAACAUUGAUAGUACUCGUCGAGCCGAAAGUUCUUCACCCAUUGAAGAUACUAAUAAAUCAAAUCGUGAAUACGUAGUUGAUGAAGCAAAUGAUCAACAUCUGAUUGCAGCAACCUAUAAAAAUAAUGAAUAUAACAAAUAA